UUUCAUUUACGCUGCGCCAGCGGUCGAAUACACUUACACACGAGUUCUUAUACGAGACGUUAAGUGGAUUACGGUAUCAGCUUCAAGAACAAUAAACUUGUAAAGAAUAGCGAGUGGUGAAAAUAAAAACAAAACAUCAAAAAUUGAUGAUUAGGAUAAGAAAAUUAAUCGAUAAAUUCAGUGAUAUAUGUAUAUUUUAGAAUCCGUUUGCAAAUAUUAUUUCUGUAAAAAUGAAAUUCCUUCUGGUUUUUUUGGCGUUGACAGUGGUUGCAUCUCAUGCCCUACCUCAAUAUACCUAUGAUCCAGCAAUAAAAAAACAAGGGUACGAUUAUCCUCCUCCAGAAGUGUCCUUUGACGAGCCGCUACCACCUUCACAACAAUAUGAAGCAAAUUAUAUUCCGCCAAGGAAACCGAAUUCGCCACCACCAAAGUCAGCCGGAUAUGUAUACCCUGUACCAUCGAAAAAAUUCCCUCCGGCUCCUAGUAAUAGUCUUCCGACAAUGAGGACGCACACAUCUUAUCCAACGACGGCAGGAUAUAUCUACACACAUCCUCCAGUUCCUUUUACAACUUCAUCAAAUCGAGGGCCCUCAGUUCCCCUGAAUCAGCUAUCGGCAAUAUCUAGACCAACAGUUCCUUUCAAAGCUCCGUCAAAGUCAACAUCAUCACCAGUGAAUCUAUCUACACCACAUACUACGUCUCCAACUAAGUCAUCUGGCUACUCUUACCUACCACCGAGCGUGUCUUUCUCACUCCCAACAAAGUUGAAAGUUAAAUUGCCUCCUCCGCAAUCUUCACAGCCACUGAAAUUAAAAGAAGCUCCUACAAAAGCUACACCAUCCGCACAUAAUACUAAUGGAUACUCUUAUAAACCCCCCGACGUUCCAUUCAUCGUUUCUUCGAAAACAUUAAGUACUAAUUCAAAACCUCCAAAAAAAUUUGGAUAUUCCUAUACUCCACCACACACUCCUUUUAAUCCAACAACUUCACCCAAAGCGGCGUCAGUAGUUUCACAAUCGCCAACAGAUCCAACAAAAACAUCGGGUUAUUUAUAUAAUGCACCUAGGGUGCCACUUAGUUUGCCUCAACGUUCAAAAGUUGGAUACACCUAUACACCUCCCGCAAUACCGUUUACAGCUCCUGAAAGAACACCAAAAGUAACAAGUUUGCCUAAAUUAGAGCCGGCAGUAACACAAUCACCGACAGAAUCAACCAAAACAGCAAAGCUUAAUGGUUACUUAUAUCCCAAACCUGAAGUGCCCCUUACUUUUCCAACAAGGACUCCAGAAACCGAAAAGCCACUCUCAAAAGUUGGAUACACCUAUACACCUCCCGCAAUACCUUUUACAACUCCUGAAAGAACGUCAAAAGUAACAAAUUUGCCUUAAUUAGAGCCAACAGAAACAUGAUCACUGACAGAUUCAACCAAAACAACUAAGCUUACUGGUUACUUAUAGCCUAAACCCGAAGAGUCGCUUAAUUUUCCAUAAGGACGUCAAAAAAAUAAUACUCCACCAUCAAAUGCGAAUUAUACAUACACGCCAUACAUCAAUUGUCGAGAGAUUCAGUCAACCCAUCUAAAUGUGGUGGGUAUCUUUAUCCUACAGCAGAAGUGAUGUGCGUACACGCAUUUCACGAAUUAAUCCUCCACUGUCAAAUACGCGGCUUAUUAUUUUCCACCACAUCUACAGCUAUCCACUCUAAACCAGCAGCAAGGCCCUAAGAAUGAAGAAAUUCCUAAUGAACUAGUAUUAAUGAUGUCUUAUUCUUACACUAUUUUAAGGUCGAAAUUCCUCAUUAAUAAAUUAUAAAUUUCAAUCACUGUA